UCGGUGUGUAUGUGUGUGUGCGGCACCGCCUGAGCAGUGUAGUGAUAAAAGCCGCAUUUGCAGUAUAUUUCUUGCGGUUCAUAUCGAACGGAAACACAAGAAAACACCUUGUUUCACCUUCUCACGUACCACCCUGCUCCCGUUUUACAUCAAGAUUUUAAAGGACCAUGUCCAGACCGUCCGGGGGCGGUGUCAACGAUGUCACCCGCUUCCUCUCCAAUGGGGCGGGGCCGGGCUCGCCUACCUCUGUGUUCUCUGCCUCCAGCCAAGCCGAUUGGGCAGCGAAGAGACUUGUCUGGGUGCCCUCGGAGAAGCAUGGGUUUGAGGCUGCCAGUGUGCGGGAGGAGCGGGGAGACGAGGUGGAGGUGGAGCUUACGGACAGCAGCCGGAGGGUGACCCUCUCCCGAGAGGAGGUGCAGCGCAUGAACCCCCCACGCUUCAGCAAGGUGGAGGACAUGGCCGACCUCACCUGCCUCAACGAGGCCUCCGUCCUGCACAACCUGAGGGAGAGAUACUACUCCGGCCUCAUCUACACGUACUCAGGGUUGUUCUGUGUGGUUAUCAACCCCUACAAGAACCUGCCCAUCUACACCGAGUCCAUUGUAGAGAUGUAUCGUGGGAAGAAACGCCAUGAAAUGCCGCCCCAUAUAUACGCCAUCUCUGAGGCUGCGUAUAGGAGCAUGCUGCAAGACAGGGAAGAUCAGUCCAUUUUGUGCACAGGGGAAUCAGGAGCAGGCAAGACAGAAAACACCAAGAAAGUCAUCCAGUAUUUGGCUCAUGUGGCCUCGUCCCAUAAAACGGGGACACUGGGGAGAAGCAAGGAAACGUCACUGCAGAUGGAUAGCCUUAAGUCUGCCCAACGGGGCAGUGGGAUGGUCAACAGGGGGGAACUGGAGAGACAGCUGUUGCAGGCCAACCCUAUCCUGGAGGCCUUCGGGAAUGCCAAGACAGUGAAGAACGACAACUCAUCUCGAUUUGGCAAAUUCAUUCGCAUCAAUUUCGACGUGGCCGGAUACAUAGUUGGUGCCAACAUUGAAACCUAUCUCCUGGAGAAGUCCCGUGCCAUCCGCCAGGCCAAAGACGAGAGAACCUUCCACAUCUUUUACCAGCUGCUGUGCGGCGCUUCAGAAGCCAUGAGAGCGGACCUGCUCCUGGCCAGUGCGGAUCAGUACCGGUUCCUGAGCGGCGGGUCGAUCCCUCUGCCGGGUCAGAGCGACGCGGAGAACUUCUCCCAGACCAUGGACUCCAUGACCAUCAUGGGAUUCAGCCAGGAGGAGGCCCUUGCCAUGAUGAAGGUGAUCUCGGCCGUGCUGCAGUUCGGAAACAUCUCUUUCCACAAGGAGAAGAACACAGACCAGGCCUCCAUGCCCGACGACACGGCCGCCCAGAAGCUGUGCCACCUUCUGGGGAUCAGCGUGGUGGAGUUCAGCCGGGCCAUCCUGACGCCCAGAAUUAAAGUGGGGCGAGAGUACGUGCAGAAGGCCCAGACCAAAGAACAGGCUGACUUCGCAGUGGAGGCUCUGGCCAAGGCCACGUACGAGCGCCUGUUCCGCUGGCUGGUGCACAGGAUCAACCGCGCCCUGGACCGCCGCCAGCGGCAGGGGGCGUCCUUCAUCGGCAUCCUGGACAUCGCCGGCUUCGAGAUCUUCCAGCUCAACUCUUUCGAGCAGCUCUGCAUUAAUUACACCAAUGAGAAGCUGCAGCAGCUCUUCAACCACACCAUGUUUGUUCUGGAGCAAGAGGAGUACCAGAGAGAGGGCAUCGAGUGGAACUUCAUCGACUUCGGCUUGGACCUUCAGCCUUGCAUAGACCUCAUAGAGCGACCGGCUCACCCCCCUGGAGUUUUGGCUCUGCUGGAUGAGGAGUGCUGGUUCCCCCGGGCCACCGACCGCUCCUUCGUGGACAAGCUGUCAGCGGAACAGGGGUCGCACCCCAAGUUCCACCGCCCGCGCCAGCCGCGGCAGGAGGCAGACUUCUCCAUCCUGCACUAUGCUGGGAAGGUGGACUACAAGGCGGACGAGUGGCUGGUGAAAAACAUGGACCCCCUGAAUGACAACGUGGCCUCUCUCCUCCACCAGUCCUCUGACCACUUCAUCUCUGAGCUGUGGAGGGAAGAUAUUCAGACUCUUCCUCGUGUUUACUUUUUCGACUCCUAUGCCACUCUGCAGACCAAUGGCUCUGACAUGGAGAGGAUUGUGGGCCUGGACCAGGUGGCAUCCGGAGGCCUGGGGGAGGGAGCCGGCGGGGUCGCCUUUGGGGCGGCGGGCCUGAAGACCAAGAAGGGCAUGUUCCGCACGGUGGGGCAGUUGUACAAGGAGUCGUUGACCAAGCUGAUGGCCACGCUGAGGAACACCAACCCCAACUUCCUGCGCUGCAUCAUCCCCAACCACGAGAAGAGGGCAGGGAAGUUGACUCCGCACCUGGUCCUGGAUCAGCUCAGAUGUAACGGGGUUCUGGAGGGCAUCCGCAUCUGCAGACAGGGCUUCCCCAACCGGAUCCCCUUCCAGGAGUUCAGGCAGAGGUAUGAGAUCCUCACUCCUAAUGCCAUCCCUCGCACCUUCAUGGACGGCAAACAGGCCUGUGAACUUAUGAUCAGUGCGCUGGAGCUUGAUCAGAACUUGUUCAGGGUGGGCCAGAGCAAAGUGUUCUUCCGGGCCGGGGUUCUGGCUCAUCUGGAGGAGGAGCGGGACCUGAAGAUCACCGACACCAUCAUCCGCUUCCAGAGCGCCGCCCGGGGCUACCUGGCCAGGAGGGCCUUCCUGAAGAAGCAGCAGCAGCUCAGCGCGUUGAGGGUGAUGCAGAGAAACUGCUCAGCCUAUCUCAAGCUGAGGAACUGGCAGUGGUGGAGACUCUUCACCAAGGUCAAACCCCUCCUGCAGGUGACACGGCAGGAUGAGGAAAUCCAGGCCAGAGAGGCGGAGCUGCAGAAAGCCAAGGACAAGCUGACAAAAGUGGAGCAGGACUUCAACGAGCUGGAGAGGAAACAUCAACAGCUGGUGGAGGAGAAGGCUGUGCUCACAGACCAGCUCCAGGCAGAGGCAGAGCUCUUUGCAGAGGCAGAGGAGAUGCGGGCCAGGCUGGCCAGCCGAAAGCAGGAACUGGAGGACGUGCUGGGAGAACUGGAGGGCCGAUUGGAGGAAGAGGAGGAGAGAGGCGUGCAGCUGACCAAUGAGAAGAAGCGGCUGCAGCAGCACGUACAGGACUUGGAGGAGCAGUUGGAAGAGGAGGAGGGAGCCAGACAGCGCCUCCUGCUGGAGAAGGUCACGCUGGAGACCAAAGUGAAGAGUCUGGAGGCCGAGACGCUGACGCUCAGUGAGCAACGGGACCGCCUCAGCAAGGAGAAGAAGCAGAUGGAGGAGCGGCUGAGCGAGGUGACUGACCAGCUGACCGAGGAGGAGGAGAAGGUGAAGAGUCUGAACAAGCUGAAGAACAAGCAGGAGGCCGUCAUCGCGGACCUGGAGGAGCGUCUGAAGCGGGAGGAGCAGGGCCGGCUGGAGCAGGAGAAGUGGAGGCGCAGGAUGGAGGGGGAGGCCCAGGAGGCGCAGGAGCAGCUGUCUGACCUGGGGCUGCUGGUGGGGGAGCUGAGGGGAAGCCUGGCCCAGCGCGAGAAAGAGAUCACCAGCAUGCAGGCGCGGCUGGAGGAGGAGGGGGCGCGGAGGACAGAGGCACAGAGGGCGCUGAGGGAGGCCAUGUCCCAGGUGUCCGAGCUGAAGGAGGAGGUGGAGAACGAGCGCGGGAUGAGGGAGAGAGCGGAAAAGCAGCGGAGGGACCUCGGGGAGGAGCUGGAGGCUCUGAGGACGGAACUGGAGGACACGCUGGACACCACCGCUGCGCAGCAGGAGCUAAGGUCCCGCAGGGAGGCGGAGCUCGGGGAGCUGCAGCGCUGCGUGGAGGAGGAGACGCGGCGGCACGAGGCCCAGCUGUCGGAGCUGCGGGUGCGGCACUGUGCCGCCAUCGACUCCCUGCAGGAGCAGCUGGACAACAGCAAGAGGGCACGUCAGUCACUGGAGAAGGCCAAGGCCGUGCUGGAGGAGGAGAGGGCCAGCCUGACCAACGAGCUCAAGACCCUGCAGGGAGGGAAGAUGGAGAGCGAGAGGGGCAGGAAGAGGGCGGAGAGCCAGCUGCAGGAGCUCAACGCCCGCCUGGCGCAGGCCGAGCGAGAGCGGGAGGAGAGGGAGGAGAGGAUGCACAAGCUGCAGUCAGAGAUUGAGACUCUCUCUAACUCUCUGUCCGCAUCCGAGUCCAAAUCUCUUCGACUCAGCAAAGAAGUCAGUGGCCUGGAAAGCCAGCUACAUGAUGCCCAGGAGCUCUUGCAGGAUGAGACAAGGCAGAAGCUGGCCCUGGGGUCUCGGGUUCGAGCUCUGGAGGAGGAGAAGUCCGGGUUGAUGGAGAGAGUGGAGGAGGAAGAGGAGAGAGUGAAGGAGCUGAACAGGCAGAUUCAGACUCACACUCAGCAGCUGGCGGAGCUGCGGCGGCAGGCGGAGGAGGUGAACGCGGCAGUGGAGGCGGGGGAGGAGAGCCGCAGGAAGCUGCAGCGGGAGCUGGAGAGCGCGGGGCAGAGGGAGCGUGCGCGGGAGGAGGAGAAGGAGCGGGUGGAGAGGCAGAGGGAGCGGCUGAGGGAGGAGAUCGAGGACAUGACCCUCGCGCUGCAGCGGGAGAGGCAGAACUGCACCGCCCUGGAGAAGAGGCAGAAGAAGUUCGACCAGUGCCUGGCGGAUGAGAAGGCCAUCAGCGCGCGGCUGGCGGAGGAGAGGGACCGGGCGGAGGCGGAGAGCCGGGAUAAGGAGACGCGGGCGCUGUCCCUGUCCCGGGCCCUGCAGGAGGCCACCGAUCAGAAGGAGGAGCUGGAGCGCAUCAACAAGCAGCUGCGUGCCGACAUGGAGCAGCUGGUCAACGCUCAGGACGACGUGGGCAAGAACGUCCAUGAGCUGGAGAGGUCCCGCCGGGCCCUGGAGACUGAGGCCCAGUCCCUGCGAGCGCAGACCCAGGAGCUGGAGGAGGAGCUGGCAGAGGCGGAAAACUCCAGGCUGAGGCUCGAGGUCACUUUGCAGGCCCUGAGGGCCCAGUUCGAGAGGGAGAUCAGCACCAAGGAGGAGAAAGGGGAGGAGAAGAGGAGAGCACUCAGCAAGCAGGUGCGAGAGCUGGAGACCCAGCUGGAGGAGGAGCGCAGCCAGCGAGCUCAGGCCCUGUCUGUCAAGAAGCAGCUGGAGGCGGAGCUCCAGGAGGCCGAAGCCCAGGUCGAGGCGGCCAAUCGCGGCAGAGAGGAGGGGCUUAGACAGCUACGCAGACUCCAGACGCAGAUGAAGGAGCUGAUUCGGGAGCUGGAUGAGACUAAAUUGGCUCGCGACGAGGUGGUGGCCCAAUCCAAAGACAGUGAGAAGCGCCUUCAGACCCUGGAGGCGGAGCUGCUGCAGCUGACUGAGGAACUGGCUGUCUCGGAGAGGCUGAGGAGACAAGCUCAGCAGGAGCGUGACGAGAUGGCUGAUGAAAUCGUCAACAGCUCAACCGGGAAGUCAGCGCUGUGUGAGGAGAAGCGGAGGCUGGAGGCGCGGGUGACCCAGCUGGAGGAGGAGCUGGAGGAGGAGCAGAGUAACGCUGAGCUGCUGGCGGAGCGGCAGAGAAAGACUGUCCUGCAGGUGGAGACCCUGACGGUGCAGCUCGCUGGGGAACGCACCCUCUCCCAGAAGAGCGAGGGGGCCCGGGAGGCGUUGGAGAGGCAGAACAAGGAGCUGAAGGCGCGCCUGGGCGAGCUGGAGGGGGCCAUGCGGGGCAAACACAGGCUCAGUGUCGCCGCCCUGGAGGCCAAGAUCGAGGCCAUGGAGGAGCAGCUGGAGCAGGAGAGACAGGAGCGGGCGAUUGCCAACAAGCUGGUGAGAAAGACCGAGAAGAAGCUGAAGGAGGUGGUGAUGCAGGCGGAGGAUGAGAGGAGGCAUGCCGACCAGUACAGAGAGCAGCUGGAUAAGUCCAUGGGCCGGCUGCGGCAGCUGAAGCGGCAGCUGGAAGAGGUGGAGGAGGAGAACUCUCGCUCAAACGCCCAGCGCCGAAAACUGCAGAGGGAGCUGGAGGAGCUGACCGACAGCAGCCAGAGCAUGACCAGGGAGAUCACCGCUCUGCGCAGCCAGCUCAGACGCGCCCCCCUCCCUCUCUCACUUCGCUCUGCUCGUCGCCCCCUGGUGGACGACCUGUCUCUGGAAAAUUCCGACUCAGAGGAGCCCCCCACCUCCCCGUCCCCAUCCCCUGGACCCCCAGGAACGCCGACCCCCUCCGAACACAACCUGGGCCCCCCGCCCCCUUACAGCCUGACAGACACUGAAUGAGGGCGGUUGGGGGGGG